GUUCUUCACUCACUCACGUACCAUGCGUUACCUCUUAACAAAGACAAAUGCUGUCAGCACACCUCCCACCCCUCUAUUUAAAAGUAGUUAUUGUGCCCCUUGACUCCAUUGCUCAUCCCUUCUUCACUCUCACCGAUGAUUCCCGCUCCAACACACCAUCACCGUCGUCACAGAUCUUUCCUUUCGUUUAAAGCCAGCUGAAUCUUGGGUUUUUUCCUUUUAUUGGGUAGUUUUGUAACAUUGUUUGAGAAGAAGGUCAGAGGGAGAGAGAGAGAGAGAGAGAGAGAGAGAGAGGCGGAAGGAGGAUGAUGAAUGGAGUGAUAGAUGGAGAGUACUCAGACAUGGUUUGGAGAUGAAGGAGCGUCAGCGUUGGCAACCAGAAGAAGACGCACUACUGAGAGCCUACGUGAAGCAGUAUGGAGCCAAGGAAUGGAACCUCAUCUCCCACCGCAUGGGCAAGUCCCUUGACCGCGACCCCAAGUCUUGCCUCGAGCGCUGGAAGAACUACCUCAAGCCCGGCAUCAAGAAGGGUUCUCUCACCCUAGAGGAGCAGAACUUGGUCAUUUCUCUUCAGGCCAAGUACGGCAACAAGUGGAAGAAGAUCGCCUCUGAAGUCCCCGGCCGUACUGCCAAGCGUCUCGGCAAGUGGUGGGAAGUUUUCAAGGAAAAGCAGCUCAAGCAGCUCCACAAGACCACCCAUCUCCGCCACGACCACUCUGACUCCCCCUCCUCCAACGCCGUCGCCGCGGCCUCCGCUUCCUCCCCAGACCACGGUAAAUACGACCACAUCUUGGAGACUUUCGCUGAGAAGUACGUUCAGCCCAAGCUGCUAGCCUUUCAGCCUCUUCCUCUGCCCAUAAUGCCCAACCUCUCCCUCUCCGACCCACCUCCGGUGCUCUCUCUCGGCUCCGUCGGUAUCUCGGAUGCCGGCGUGCCUGUGGGUUCAACUACGCCCUCCCCAGUCCUCCCUGCGUGGAUGAACGCCACAAACAUGGGUUCAACGACGUCAUCUAUAUCCUCCUCCUCCUCCACGCCUUCUCCUUCGGUGAGCCUCUCCUUGUCCCCCUCGGAACCGGCCGUCCUGGACCCGGUCCAUCCAGAGGCGUCCCGGCUGAUGCCGGUCCAACAAAUGGGGACCCUGAUACAGUACUGCAAAGAGCUAGAGGAAGGAAGGCAGAACUGGGUGCAACACAAGAAGGAAGCGACAUGGAGGCUGAGCCGAUUAGAGCAACAACUGGAGUCCGAGAAGUCGAGAAAAAGGAGAGAGAAAAUGGAGGAGAUAGAAGGAAAGAUAAGGUGUCUGAGAGAGGAAGAGAUGGCGCAUCUGGGGAGGAUUGAGAGCGAGUACAGAGAGCAGCUGAUUGCAGUGCAGAGAGACGCCGAAAGCAAAGAAGCCAAGCUAAUGGAAACAUGGUGCAGCAAGCAUGUGAAGCUGGCAAAGCUUGUGGAGAAAAUUGGAAUCCACACUCCCACUCAGGCCUUCACCCUACCAAAAGAUUUGCACUAAACCCUAAACCCCUUCCAAUCCCCAUCGUCCAUUAUCUCUCAACCCCUCAUUCCCUUCUUACAUAUUAAAUGUAUGAUUGUUGGUUUAAUUAUGAUCUGCUUCUGCAACUGCUACUGCUACCUCUACCUCUACCUCUACCUCCCUCCGCAUCAUAAUUUUUCAAUAACAUUGAUGUGUUUUUUUGUUUCCGAUGAAUGAUUUUUAAGUAGAUGAA